AUGAAACUUACUGAAGCUCAACUCAAACAAGCAUGUGAAGACUAUGAACAAGCUCUGGAGUUCACAUUCAGAGUUCACAAGUCAGAUUUAGAAAGAAUUGACGCGUUAAAUGGUGUAGUUGAAGAUUUUGAUAAGUUCUUUUAUGAAUACGUAUACGUUAUUCUCGCAUCUGGAUUCAGGGCCAAAGUUGCAGCACGUCUCUGCCCUUUACUUGUUGAUUGUAAAGGUGAUUUAGACAAAAUGAGAGAAAUUUUCAAAAAUGAAUCAAAAAUUAAAGCUAUUGCCGAUGUUUAUCAAAUGAAAUCCAAAUGGAAAGAGCUUCGCGAAAGUUUUACAAGCAUUGACAGCCUUAUGCAGCUUCCACGCAUUGGCCCGAUAGUUAAAUAUCAUUUAGCCAGAAAUAUUGGAGUUUGCUCAUGUGCAAAACCAGAUAAGCAUAUGGUAAGAUGGCUUGAGGAAAUCACAGGAUCCAAGGAUGAAGACGAUGUUCAUGUAAUUACUGAUGCCAUUGCAAAGAAGGUCAACAAGAAAGAAGGAACUGUUGAUUUUGCCUUAUGGGUAUGGCUUUCUCAUAGUCGUGGUGAGGAAAUGGAAUGCUGCAAUGGUGGCCUCGCUCUCAGAUAA